AUGGAACUUCAUCAACUGGACAUCAAUAAUGCUUUUUUACAUGGUUAUAUUGAUGAAGAUUUAUAUAUGCAUCCACCAUUGGGGUAUACCAAAGCCAAGCCAGGCCAGGUCUGCAAACUAAAGAGGUCCAUUUAUGGCCUCAAACAGGCUUCCAGACAGUGGAAUCUGGAGUUAACAAAGUUCCUUCUACACUUGGGUUUUCAGCAAUCUAAAUAUGACUAUUCUAUGUUUACACUCAAGACAGGAGAUUCUUACAUUAUUGUUGUAGCCUAUGUGGAUGAUUUGUUGCUUGCUGGCACUAAUCUUUCAUGCAUUCAACAGCUCAAAACACAAUUACAUGAUGCUUUUACAAUUAAAGAUUUAGGCCCUCUCAAAUACUUCCUUGGUAUUGAAGUAUCUAGAGACUCUACUGGCAUUCUUCUCAAUCAGAGAAAAUAUAUUUUGGAUCUUCUUCAUAACACUGCUAUGCUUGAUUGUAAAGUAGCAGAUUGUCCACUUCCACAAGGUUUAAAGCUGAGUACUCAAGCUGGUGAUCUCCUUCCAGAUCCUGAAGUUUACAGAAGGAUAAUAGGGAAACUUUUGUACUUAAACAUGACAAGACCAGAUAUAUCUUUUGCUGUUCAACAGCUCAGUCAAUUCCUUAGUGCUCCUAGAACAUCUCAUUUCUUGGUUGCACAGCAUGUUCUUAGAUACCUCAAAGGAACUCUACAUCAUGGUCUUUUAUAUUCUGCUGAUUCAACCUUGCAAAUUCAUGCCUAUUGUGAUGCAGAUUGGGGUGCUUGCAUUGAUUCAGCAAGGUCACUUACUGGUUAUUGUGUGUUUCUUGGUACUUCUUUAAUAUCUUGGAAGACCAAGAAACAGAAAGUUGUGUCUAAAAGCUCUACUGAAGCUGAGUAUAGGAGCAUGAGUCACACUACUAGUGAACUCACAUGGAUCACUAAUCUUCUUUCUGAUUUACAUAUUUCUAUUCCUACUCCUAUCCCUUUGUUUUGUGAUAACAAAGCUGCACAACAUAUUGCUGCUAAUCCUUGUUUUCUUGAAAGAACUAAACACCUUCACAUUGAUGUUCACUAUAUCAGGGAAAAUGUUGCUUCUGGUUUUAUUGCAACUCAUCAUGUUAGUUCUCACCUACAGCUAGCAGAUGUGUUAACAAAGUCUCUUGGGGCCUCUCAUCAUAAGUUAUUGAUUUUCAAGCUUGGCCUUGUUUUUCCUGAUGUCUCUCCAAUUCCAGCUUGA